AUGUCCAACUCGUCUGCGCUCGGCCCGCUCCUCCACUGCUCCUUCGCCCCUGAGACUCGCACCUCCUUCCUGUUCCUCCUCAUGAUCCUGGAGGUGGUGGUGGGCCUCCCCGGGAACCUCCUAGCCCUGUGGAUCUUCUGCUUCCGCAUGAAGAUCUGGAAGCCCCAUGCCGUCUUCCUCUUCAACCUCAUGCUCUCCGACCUCCUGCUGCUGGCUUGCGUCCCCUUUCGCAUUGACACCCAUCUCCGCGGCGACCACUGGAUCUACGGCGACGCCUUUUGCCGCAUCAACCUCUUCAUGCUAGCCGUCAACCGCUCGGCUAGCAUCGGGUUCAUGACGGCGGUGGUGGUGAAUCGCUACUUCAAAGUGCUAUACCCGUUACACUGCAUUAGCCUCAUGCCGUCGCGCCAUGCCAUCCGCCUCUCCGUCCUGAUCUGGUUUCUGGUGAUGAUUUUUCGCAUCCCGUUGCUAACCGCCGACCUCCUUCACCACAAAGGAAACCGGUCCAUCUGCCGGAGUUUCGCGUCGUACGAAAACCCCCCGUUGGCAAUCUCGCUGCACUACGUCGCCUACGUGGCAGAGUUCAUCCUGCCCUGGCUAGUCCUCAUGUUCUGCUCCGUACGCAUCGUGUGGUUCCUGAAGAAGCAGGAGCAGAUCGUCCAGCAGCGGAAGUUCAAAAGCGCCAUCCGGUCCGUGGCGGCAAUCAACGUGGUGUUCACGCUCUGCUUCCUGCCCGCCAUCGUCACCGGGCUGAGCAGUCUGGCCAUCAAGAGGUUCCGGCCGCAGGACUGUGAGGCGUUCGGGAGGAUGGCGCUGGUCUUCAUGGUCAGUAUCGGACUCACAUAUCUGAACAGUUCUCUGGAUCCCGUCAUCUACACCUUCUCCAGCUCCAUGUUCAGGACUGCGCUGAGAAACGUCUUCAAAAGGACCCGGAAGUGA